UCUCCUGCCGCCGCCUUCUGCGGCACUAGCCGGGUCCUCAGCCCGCGCUUCCCUUCCCCUCAAGCGGGGUCUCCCAAAAGCGGGACGAACGCGCUUUAACUCGCCAGCCAGCCCGCCAGCCCUUGGGGUUCUGUCUGCCUUCAGUCAACUCUGCCUGGGAGCUGGGCGCACUGAGGAUGAUUGCCAAGAGACUACAUUCCACCUGUGCCAACAAUAUAUGGAAAAUCCUGCUAAAACAUAAAGUUUCUGUCUCUCUCCUUUUGCUUCAUUUGUGUCUGGCUCCUUCAAGUAGAGCUGAUGAUGAAUUCUUAGGGGACUACAGAGCUGUGUUUAAUACUUCAUGUGAAGAUGCCUGGACUUUGUCACCUGAAACAUAUGUGCCAGCACUUACUAACUUCACAGUCUGUGUUUAUCUCAAACUUUACAAUCCCAAACAACAUUGGACAGCCUUUGUCUACAAUAAGAUACCUGACGACAAUGCAUCAACAUCAAACCGCUAUGAACUUGGACUUGUAGGGGUGCGUGACAAAUUGACAGUAUGGAUAUUUGGUAAAGAAAUAACCUGGACAGAAAAACUGGAUGAGAAUAAAUGGUACCAAGUAUGCAUAAGAUGGAAGAGCGAAGAGCAAGAAGUGAAUGUAUACAUAAAUAAUGAACAAAAGAAAUCUGAAAAAGUAUCUAAAACUGGGCAACUCCUUGCACAUGGGCAACUUUUACUUGGUUGUUCACAAAUUCCUGGCAAGUCAUCAUCUCCUGAAAAUGGGAUGGUUGGUGAACUGUACAUGUUCAGAAUGUGGGCAAAUGAAACUGUAAAUUAUACACAACAUUGCCAAGAUGGCACCAUUAUACGCUGGAGGAGAGAUUUCUGGGUUUUUAAUAGGACAGAAGAAUACAACAUAUCUUUGCCUUGUGCUAAUGUUUCUGGUGUUUCAUCAGGAAUGAGAGAUACCCCAGGCACAGAAGACUCGUCUUCAGUUGAAAUCCCGAAUCUUACAGAAAGAACUAGAGGGAUGCCAUACUUUUCAACAUCAGUUAGAACAACUAAUCAACAGGAUAUUUUCUCGACAACAACUAGAAUGGAACAUUUCUCAGGAACAUCUACUGACUCAGUACCUAUAUCAAUAACAGAAGAUACAUUUAGUGGGACCAAACAUUUCUCAGACACAACUGGGACAAAAAAAACUUUCCCAAAAAUUACUGCUAUAGGCACCGUAAUGAAUACCAGAGAAGAUCCCUUGUCAGCUUCCACAGAUCUGAUUGGGACAAAAGGUUUUGAGAAUAUUGUUUGUAACUUAUCAGCCCUCUGUCAUGACACAGUCUUCUACGUAGGAACUAUAAACUUUCAGACCAGUGAGAACAGCUCUGAUACAUCAUACAACCUCACAUUACACUAUGGUGACACCAAUCAAUACCAAUUAAAAGCCGCUUCGGUUGCUCGGCUAGAAAUGAAAAUUUCAGAUUUCAACAAAACACUUCAAAAUUUAAGUCAGUCAUAUCUCCUGCGAUGUGAAAAAGUGAACCAGAGUACAUCCGAAUGCAGUUUCAUAAUAAAGCUGCGGAAAGAAAUGAAUAUAAACAGUACAUUGUCCCUUUUGAAAGAAAAAGCAGAAAUUGGCCCAGCUGAGUCAUGCUGUUGUUCACCUUCGGGUCUCCACUUUUGUCCUUCAACCGUUGAAGAGCUGCAACUACUGCAAUGUGGAAUGCAUGAAACACUUGCCUGCAAUGGUCCAAGUACUCGUGUCUCCCCAGUUUCAUCGGUGGCUCCUUCCGCUGUUGUAACUCACUAUAAAGCCUCUUCCUCUGAACCAGCUGUUGUCUCUCAUAUUCCACAGGCAGAGCUGACAAAAGGAACUUUUUCUAAAGGUCGUCCUCAGAUAACAAUCACUCAGAUACCAACCACUCAGAUACCAACCACUCAGAUACCAACCACUCAAAUACCAAACACUCAGACAUCAAACACUCAUUCUACUGAAAAUAAAACUACACCUACCCUGCCUGCAAAGACUGUAGUUACUCCAGUCCCUUCUUUUGAAACAUCUAACUCAUUUACUUCAGCAAUGUCACCGAUCAGUUCUACCACUACUUCAGCAGAGAAUUCUACCACACCAUUCACUGUAGUACCUACCAUGAUCAUUUCUGCUGAGAUGACUUCAGGCCCUGGCGAUACUGGAAGUCCUAAUCAACCCAGCACAGAUAACAAACCACCAAAUCCUCCUAAUCAUACUGUUAGUAAUAAUGCCACAGAUUUUGAGAAAAUAGUUUCCCAGCUGGAGUUUAAUUUGACUGCUGAAACUAUAGAACCAUCUCUUGCGAAAUCGAUGAUGGAAAGUGUUAGUUAUCUUCUACAUAAAAUUCCAGCACAGAUAUCGCCAAUGUCCAAAAGAUUAAUACAUAUAGUCGAUGCAAUUGGCUUAAAAUUGGACUUCCCGACAGAAUCCUUUAAUCUGACUGCCCCUUCCUUGGCGCUGGCAGUCCUGAAAGUCAACAGCAGCUCCUUUAAAAGUGUUUCUUUUGCUGUAGAAGAUCCCUCAGAUCUUCAGGUUGCUCUUGGAACUCAAAUACCUAAAAACAGUAUUGGAACCAUAACACUUCCAUCUUCAGUGAUGGCAAAUCUGCCACCUGCAGAAAAGCAUCAAGCUUCUAGAAUUAUAUUUAACUUCUUUGAGAAGACACCCCUCUUCCAGGAUCCUUCACUGCAAAAUGUGUCACUAAUCAGCCAAGUUAUAUCAUCAAGUGUUGCUAACCUUUCAAUUACCAACUUGGAGAAAAACGUUACAGUCAUUCUACAAAAUGCUGCAUCUACUCAGGAGAAUUCAACUAUUAGAUGCGCCUACUGGAAUUUCAAUAAAAAUGAUGGGAGUGGAGGCUGGGCUUAUGAUGGAUGCACAGUUAUAGAGAGAAGAACAAAUGAAACUGUCUGUAGCUGCAACCACCUCACCAGUUUUGGAGUUCUACUGGAUUUAUCAAGAAGUGGCCAACCACCUCCUAUCCAAGUGUUAAUUUUAACCUUCAUCACAUACAUAGGUUGUGGCCUUUCAGCAAUUUUUCUUUCUGUCACCCUUGUUACAUAUAUUGCAUUUGAGAAAAUCAGAAGAGAUUAUCCUUCUAAAAUCCUUAUUCAGCUGUGUGUUGCAUUACUUUUACUUAACCUAGUUUUUCUCCUGGAUUCCUGGAUUGCUCUAUAUAAAAUCAAAGGACUGUGUAUCUCAGUUGCUGUGUUUCUUCAUUAUUUCCUUUUGGUUUCUUUCACCUGGAUGGGCCUUGAGGCUUUCCACAUGUAUCUUGCCCUUGUUAAAGUAUUCAACACUUAUGUCAGAAAAUACAUCCUAAAGUUCUGCAUUGUUGGCUGGGGGCUACCAGCUAUAAUCAUAGCUAUUGUCUUGGCAAUAUCUCCAGAUAACUAUGGACUUGGGUCCUAUGGAAAGCUUCCCGAUGGCUCAGCAGAUGAAUUCUGCUGGAUUAACAAUAAUACUGUCUUUUACAUCACUGUUGUGGGAUACUUCUGCAUGAUAUUCUUGCUGAAUAUCAGCAUGUUCAUAGUUGUGCUCAUUCAGCUCUGUCGAAUCAAAAAGAAGAAGCAGCUUGGUGCCCAGCGAAAGACCAGCAUUCAAGACCUCAGGAGUGUUGCUGGCCUCACUUUCCUGUUGGGAAUUACUUGGGGAUUUGCCUUUUUCGCAUGGGGCCCUGUAAAUCUUGUAUUUAUGUAUCUGUUUUCCAUCUUUAACACAUUACAAGGAUUCUUCAUUUUCAUUUUCUACUGUGUAGCCAAAGAGAAUGUUCGUAAACAGUGGAGAAGGUAUUUGUGUUGUGGAAAAUACAGGCUGGCUGAAAACUCUGACUGGAGUAGAACAGCUACAAAUGGCUUAAAAAAACAGAAUGUUAACCAAGGUGUUUCCAGUUCUUCUCACUCUAUUCAGUCAAACAGUAACUCCACAAAUUCCACUUCGAUGCUAGUGAAUAAUGAUUAUUCAGUGCAUGCAAAUGGGAAUGGCAAUGUGCCCAGUGAAAAGAACGGUGUUUCUUUCAACAUGCAAAAUGGUGAUGUGCGACUGGCCGACUUCUCAACAAAACAGAUUGUUUUCCAAGAGAACAAUGACACAGGACACAAGAAAUCUUGCAUUUCAUGGCGAAGGACUUCAAAGAGAGGGAGCCUGCACUUCAUUGAACCUAUGUGACAUUUUUUAAAAAGCCUUUCCAUGGCAUGCAGGUUUCUUUUAACAUAAUGUGAGAAGACCAAAUUGUGAGAAGACCAAAAAAAAAAGGACAUUAUUUAAUAUACAAUAGCAAAGCUUUUAGGCAAUACCAGUUUGUCAAAGAGUUUGCAUUAUCCUUUCUUUUAAUGCCAUUGGUAUUGAGAAGGUACUUUAGACAUAGCAUUAUGGCUGGAAAAAAAUGACCGGCAUAAUAUGUGUUGUUGUUUUUUUUUAAAUGAUGGAUUUUAGAAGAUCCUUUUACAAUUUCAGCUUACAGUUGAAAGGUUAUGCAAUAAUGUAUUAAUAUAGAAAACUACAAGCUAAAUGUUGAAAGAGAUACUUAAAUUGUCUUUCAAAGUUAUGUGAUGCCUAUACCUUUUAAAGAGGUACAGUAACAGACAUCAUAGCAUUGUAUAUAGCCUCAAUAACAUCUACCCUUGAUUAUCCUAUAAUUUUAUAUUUAUUGCUUGUAAAUUAAAUUUAAUAUUCCUUUGUAUAGAAAAAAA